UCUUUGAAGUGGUUGCCAUGGGAUAUGCUGGAAGCUUGAGAAAACAAAACGUGAUGUGACCUGUAUAAGUGACUGUUCUGGAGGAUCCUGCCACAAGGAUAACGUGCUGUUCUAGGCUCAGCGGAAGUACCAAAGGCUCUCUGAAGUGUGUGGAGCAUGCAAACAGCUCCAGUUGUGGGGGGUGCUGGCCGCCCCUUAGCCCCUCUUUCCCAGCAACCUGCUGUGAAGUCAGUGCAUGUCUUCAGGAAUGGUGACCCUUUCUAUCGUGGGCGCCGAAUGUUAAUCCAUGAAAAGCGUGUGGGUACUUUUGACGUGUUCUUAAAGGAUGUCACAGGUGGAGUGCAAGCACCGUUUGGCGCAGUAAGGAAUAUUUACACCCCACGAAAUGGACACAGGGUUACUUCACUGGAUGAUUUGCAACCUGGAGAGUGCUACGUAGCUGGAGGAAGGGAGACCUUCAAGAAGCUGGAUUACUUGCAUAUUGGGGAGAUAAAGAGGAAAACAGUGGACCCACUUAGUCAGUCCCCAACAGAAGAUGUAAAACCUGUAUCCCAUAGUAGAAUCAAUGUUUCUGCAAGAUUUCGAAAAAAUUUCCAAGAGCCAUGUACUGUGUUUUUAGUUGCUAAUGGAGACACAAUGAACCCAUUCAUACGACUGCUGAUACCAAGAAAAACUCUGGAACAGUGGGAACUAGUUCUAGCACUGGUAACUGAAAAAGUGAAACUUCGAAGUGGAGCUGUGCAUAGACUGUAUACAUUAGAAGGAACUCCUAUACAAAAUGGGUUGGAACUAGAAAAUGGACAGUUUUAUGUAGCUGUUGGCAGAGAAAAGUUCAAAAAGCUCCCGUACAGUGAUUUGAUAUUCUCAAAGGCAUCAAUGAGACGCGCCCAUGGUUCCAAAGCCUCUUCAUUGCCUCCCAUUAAUGGAUUCAGGAAGUCAAAAGAAAAUAGACAUGAGCGGCAGAUUAAAUCAACGGGAGGUUCCAGUGACACUGUAGAUAACAUGAUAUCUCCACAGCCACCAAAGCCUAAAGGAAGAAAACAUACAGAGCCCCAAAUACUAAACAAUGCCAGAGUGAAGCAAAACAACGAACAAACAAAUUCUCAUAUUAUCUUCCCUGUGAAUGAUGAUGGCAUUUUCAAAGCUGGUAAAGACAGAUCAGAAAUGUGGGGGGCAUCAGAAGUUCAGGAAGACGAAAACACUAAAGUGGAAGUUCCGGUUGAUCAGAGAGUGGCAGAAACUGUGGAAGAGGAAGAAAAACCAAAUGAAGACAAUGAAGGUGAUGACCAUGGUGAUGAAGAUGCAGAAGGUGAAGGAGGUGAAGAAGAAGUAGAAGAAGAUAAUUAUGAUGAGGGUGAACAAAACCACAUCAUAGAAGAGGAGGCCCAUGGAGAAGAAACAGAUGGAGUUGAAGAUCAUAGCAUGGUAAGUAAUGAAGCAACAACGAAUCAUGGGAGGAUGAGCAAAGAGUCAGAAGAUGAGGUUAAUGCUGAAGAUACUGAAACUCAGGAAGAAGAUCCACAGCAUUCAGAAUCUAUAGAAUAUGAAGAAGGUGAUGCAGUGGGGCACAUUAAUGGUAAAAAUGAAGAAAGGGAAGAAGAUUCUGAAGCACAUAAUGAUAAAUAAAGGCAGGCUGAAUAUGCACUUCCAAGACCAACGUCAUCAAGACUCUUGGAAAAAAUAUCUACUCCAACUGAAAAUGAUGAAUGUGAAGUCGCUGAGCCUUAGGGAUCUGAGGCAGAAGAGGCCUUUUGAACACUACUACCUAAGUACUUGAACCUGGAUUGUCUUUAUACUGGAGUCUCAUUAUAAUAUUAGGGAUUAAUAUGUGUAUAUGUUAACAUAAAGAGAUGAUAUCUAUGCUGAAAAAUAAAAAUACAAAGAAGUCUUACACUAAUUUAUGCUUUAAAAAUGUUUUCUCUCUCUCUCUUUCUAUAUAUAUAUAUAUAUAUAUACAGUAUGUAAAGAAAAACAAACUGGAGAAGACUCUUUCUACAAAACUGAUUAUUUUUUAUCUAAAGCUAGUAAAAUAUAACAGGAAAACAUUGUUGAGAUAUUUAUUGAGUGCUUUUAUAAGGUCAGAUGUAUUUGAAUAGUCAUUAAAAUGUAUUUAGCUAAGCCAUAUUACAAAUCCUAUUAACAAUGGAACUUUGCACUGCUCCCCUUCAUGAGACUGUUGCUUUUUAUGUUUUUGUUGUAGUUUGCUCAUGUAUAGUUUAUGGACUAUAUAAUCUUGAUUUUUUUUACUUAAAAUAUUAAUUUAAAUGAGAACUGUUAUGUUUAUAGACACAAAUACAUUGACAAAAGCUGAUAUAAAUUGUAGGAAUCUCAUUUGUAAUAUAGAACUGUAUUGUUGUGUUAUAUAGAAUCUUACUGAAGUCUUUUUCAAAUGUAACAUAAUAGAGUAGUCCAUACAGCUAAGACUCUACUAUAAGUCCUAAAAACCUUUGCCAAAUAAUGGCUGUCUUAGAAUUCUGGGAUUCGAUUGUAACACCAAAUUAUCCCUAUAUAAGUGGUAGGUUAUAUAGAUUUGCUUUGAAGAAAGAGUUGCUAAAAAACUUGAACAAAGUAGGACUUUGCUAUAGAAUUUUUGUUGUUGAUAGGAAUACACCAAAUCCAUGAUUUUUGAAUUUGUCUAAAUACCAAUUUCUCCAUUAAAGAUUUGGCCAAGUAUCGAACCAAAUGCAAAGCCAUAAUUUGCAAGCAGACAUUUGAGAUGUAUAGAAAAAAUGUAAUAACUGCAUUAGUUGUUCGGAGCUUUAAAGGAGAAGGAAAGGUAAAUACACCAAUAAACACUCACAGUAUU